AUGUAUAUUAAAAUUUUAUUAUCUAUCCUAUUUGUUUUGACAAUAUUUCUUCAACUCUCUUCUGUAAAUGGUAAUAAUGUAGUAUCUUAUACGAUGGGACCAGAACAAUGUACAAAUGGCACACCUUUACUUUCUUGCAAUUUGACAUUGACAGAUAUAGGAGAGAGUAAAUUAAUAGGUUUGGUGAGAGGACCAUGCUGUCCAGGAUACAAUAGUACUCAUAUAAAUUACGCAACAUGGUUGGCAGGAUACGUUUCUACGAUACCAAUUAACUAUACUGGAUACGACGUGCUGAGAGGUCCUUACCAUAUUCAAUUCACUACUUUUGUCAAUAAUAAAGUUUUAGUAUUUAAUGAACUGUUAAAUGGGUUUAGAAUAUCGAGAAUCACACGAACAGAAAGACUUGGUGCUUAUUUUUAUAUUAAAGCAUGGAAAUAA